UAUAGUAACAUUACUGUGUUUUCAGACGACCUGUGGAGAAUAUCAGUGAUGAAGUACUACACUGCUGAGGGUGUGUUGGAGUGGCCGUUCUGGAUGAAGCUGGUCAUCGUGGCGAUAGGCAUGUCAGGCGGACUGGUGUUCAUGUACGUCCAGUGUAAAGUGUACUGGUUGCUAUGGAGACGACUCAAAGCCUUCAAUCGCAUCAUCACUGUGCAGAACUGCCCCGAGAAGCCGCCGCCCACCAACGCCGCGCUGGCCAAUGGGAAUCACCCUGAGGCCGUGGAAGUCCCGAUAGGCCCCGCCCCCGAGGUUAUCCAGAUGGACUCCGACCUCUCGGAGGAAAACCCCGUCUGACACACACACACAAACACACACACACACA